CUAAAUAUUUAAAAAAGCCGUGAAUAUUCUUGGACGCAUUGUUAUAAAUUAGCCGUAGGGGUUUCUAAGUACAAACAUCAAAAGCAACAAUAGUGUCGAAUUUUAACCGGCAACUUUUGCUUGGAGCAAAUUGCGAAUUGCCAAAUAACCGCAUCCGGCGAUGACAAGCGAACAAAGGGAAGACGUAACGGCAUAUAACAGCAACAUAUACUAUACAUAUUGAGGGCGGGUUGUAGGGGUGUGUGCAAGCCAGAAAAUUGGUGACGUCUUCGUCAGCAAACGUUCGCAACGUUGCCGAAAGUGAACACCACGAAACAGGCAGCCACACAAGCGUAUUGAUAAUGAAAACGACGCCAACCAUUUAAAUAUAGACAAACUAACUUUACAUAUAUAAAUUUAUAUAUAUACAUAUAUCUACACAUACAUACAUACACACAUAUGUAUAUAUUAUCAUUUGACAUACAUAUUUACGCGCCUGUUUAUAUUUAGUAUACACAUCAUAGCUGCUUUCCAUCUGCUUUGUGCGCGUUCUGCUGCUACAUCGAAGCAUACAUUUAGGCGCACCACCUACCGCAAGAGGAAAAUGCGUGGCCACGAUUACACCGCGCGCGCCACGCACAAACAACAGAACUCAAACUGAAGUCUUCAGUUUUCGAGAGGAGACGCUGGAGGUGUGCUUGCUGGCAGCGGGCGUUAAGCUGCUGAGCAGAUGAUUGCCCGUCAAUGUGCGCUGUGAAUGAAGUCCACCAACCAAACAACACGACGACGAAACACAGCAGCACAACAAGUGGGGUUGAAUGAGUGCCAGCCAGCCAGCCGGUUGGAUGGGCGGCACGCAGCGGGCGCAGUGUUGUAUGGUGGUGAGCUUUCGAAAGCUCUACGGCUGCAUUUGCAGACGAGCUUUACAGCAGCUGCUGCUGCUCCGACUGUUGUUUGGUGUUCAUUAUGGCGUUGCUUCAGCAAAUGCUGAACAGUUUCGUUCGGUUAGUGUAGCAGUUAAGUUCGUAUAAGCGGCUAAAAACGGCACUACACACUUUACACUGCUUCUUAGUGAAUUGAGUGUGGUAGAACUUAGUGUGAGCAAAAACCGAAACUGUCAAAUAAAUUGUGUGCAAAUUUUAGUAAAAUUGUGAAUUUUGAGACAUCAGCAGCAAUAUUAACAAAAAUUAAAGGACAAAAGGCAAUUAUACAUUGCAUACUUUACGGCGUGUAAGCAUUUCAAGCGUUUGAGUAUAUCAGCUGGUAGCAACUUUGCGCUUCCUUGCCAGUGUAUAUAUAUGUAUGUAUGUUAGUCGCCGCAAAUUUCGGCAAGUGUCAAAAAAUCGCUUGGUAUAAAUUGGGGAGCAGUGUUGCCUCCAUACGCGCGUGCAAAGUGGCGACUCUUGCGCUGUGGUGAAAAUCAAGCAGUUCAAGCGCACAAUUUACGAGCAACGGACGUAACGUAACGCAUACAGUCAAACAGGCCAGAAGAAGGCAACAAAAAUAAAAACAAAAUAGUAAUUAAAUUUUUAGUGAUUUCAACGACGUCAUCAACGCCACAUACCACUACUAACGGUACAAUCAAAAUAAGUGCAAUAAAGUGAGAUUUUGCUGACGGUGAUUUGGUGACAAGCGCCGCAACGCUAUAAAUUUUCGUUGGCUUCCGACAAGGCGUGCAAUGGUCUUUGCUGCAUGGGGCAAUCCUGCGGGCCCGCUAAUGUUCCUGGCAAGCGCGCUAACGGCGCUGCUCUUCGUCAUUAAUGUGCCCAGCACGUUGGCUACCACAAGCGACGGCAGCGUCGCUCCGGCCGCCGCGCUCAACGGACGCAAUGACGUGUUCACCAGCUCGUUCCUGGUGCGCUUCAGGCGCAGCGUUGACAAUGACCUAGCUGGCGAGGUGGCAGCGCGCUAUGGAUUCGAUAAUAUUGGAGCAUUAGUUGGAGCAAACGGAAAUGAGUAUCACUUCAAGCACAGGACAUUGCCACACGCUCGCACAAGGAGGAGUAUCACACAUACGCGACUCUUGAAGAGUCAUCCAUUGGUCCACACAGCAGUUCAACAGCCCGGCUUCAAGCGUGUCAAACGCGGUCUGCGACCUGCGAUUCCCGCUAUUCAUGGUCUCCCAUUCGAGUCCACCUUUGGCGCAAAACCAAUUGGACUUGAACCAAGUGAUCCGUACUUCCCAUUGCAGUGGUAUUUGAAGAACACCGGUCAAAAUGGUGGCAAAAUGCGUUUGGAUCUCAAUGUGCAGGCCGCAUGGGAUCAAGGCAUUACCGGAAAGAAUGUUACGACCGCAAUUAUGGAUGAUGGUGUGGAUUACAUGCAUCCGGAUUUGAAGUUCAACUAUAAUGCCGAGGCUAGCUAUGACUUCAGCAGCAAUGAUCCCUUCCCCUAUCCACGUUACACCGAUGACUGGUUCAAUAGUCAUGGCACUCGUUGCGCUGGCGAAGUGGCUGCUGCCAGAGAUAACGGUAUAUGCGGUGUUGGCGUGGCUUAUGACAGUAAAAUUGCAGGCAUACGCAUGCUGGAUCAGCCGUACAUGACCGACUUAAUCGAGGCCAAUUCGAUGGGUCAUGAACCGCAUAAAAUACAUAUUUACAGCGCAUCAUGGGGACCCACCGAUGACGGUAAAACCGUUGACGGACCGCGUAAUGCCACCAUGCGUGCCAUAGUACAAGGCGUGAAUGAGGGUCGCAACGGUUUGGGCAACAUUUACGUGUGGGCAUCAGGCGAUGGCGGCGAGGAGGACGACUGCAAUUGCGAUGGCUAUGCGGCGUCUAUGUGGACAAUUUCCAUUAACAGCGCCAUUAACGAUGGUCAGAACGCACACUACGACGAGAGUUGUAGCUCAACGUUGGCCAGCACAUUCAGUAACGGUGCCAAGGAUCCCAACACUGGAGUGGCCACCACAGAUUUGUACGGAAAAUGCACAACCACACAUUCCGGCACGAGUGCCGCGGCACCGGAGGCAGCCGGCGUGUUUGCGCUCGCACUCGAGGCAAAUCCAUCGCUGACAUGGCGGGACAUACAGCAUUUGACAGUGUUGACUUCCAAGCGUAACUCUCUCUUCGACGCUAAAAAUCGCUUCCACUGGACUAUGAAUGGCGUGGGACUGGAAUUCAAUCAUCUCUUCGGUUUUGGCGUAUUGGACGCAGGCGCCAUGGUGACCUUAUCCAAACAAUGGCGUUCAGUGCCGGCGCGGUAUCACUGUGAAGCAGGGGAAAUUGUGGAACCACAUCCAAUUUAUACCGGUCGUUCAAUGUUUCUGGAGAUAAAAACGGAUUCCUGCAAGGGCACUGACACCGAGGUGAAUUAUUUGGAGCAUGUGCAGGCGGUGAUCUCCGCCAAUGCCACGAGACGGGGAGACCUGGAGUUAUUCCUCACUUCGCCCAUGGGUACUAGAUCAAUGAUACUCUCGCGUCGCGCCAAUGACGAUGAUCACCGCGAUGGCUUCACAAAAUGGCCGUUCAUGACUACACACUCGUGGGGCGAGUAUCCACAUGGCACGUGGAAAUUGGAGGCCCGAUUCAAUUCACCACAACCCCGCUCGGGCUGGCUCAUCGAGUGGUCGCUUGUGCUGCAUGGCACCAAAGAGGCGCCCUAUCGUACGCUCUCGCCCGCUUCGCCGCACUCCAAGCUGGCCAUUGUGAAAAAGGCGCAUGAGGACCGCAAAAUGAAGUAGACAAGUCAACCAGCAAAAAGCGUCAAAAACACAAGAAAUUAUUAAAGCGUGAAAGUAGAUAAGAGUGGAGGAGGAUCAGGGGCGUAAUACCGCAGUGUAAACAAUAUGAGAAAUGUGUGGUUAGAGAGAGAGAGAGAGUGAGAAAGAGAAGAGCCCAAUGUUAAUGCAGGUGGCAAAGCCGCAAACCAGAGUUUCAAUAGAAAAGCAAAUAUAAUUUUUCAGUUGUCAAACACAAAGAAAAGAAAAACAAAAACAAAAACAACAACAACAUAUAGUAAAUAUGUAGCAAAAUUCUAACAGCUGCAAAGUAAUGAAAUCAAUAAAUAUCAGCAAGAACAAUUGACGUGAAGCAGAUUGCGGCAGGAGCUUGGUUGCGCGCAAUUUUUAGCAAAUUCUUCUCAACAUUUUUCUCUUUUCAUUUUUAUGCAAAUAUUCUCAAAAGUUUUUAUUUCUUUCUAAAAGAAAAAAAUUCUAUAAAUAUAUAUAAAAAAUUUAACGUUUCAUAGUACUUGCCUAAGCUUUUUGAACUUUUGAAAAUGUGAUUGUAAAUACAUACAUACAUACAUUGUAUUUGUAGUGCUAACACUGUUCUGUUUAAUAUAUUUUCUUUAAAUAAAAUAAAUUUGUUUAUUAAUGCAAAAAGACUUCUAUGCAUAAUUGUCAAUGCGAUAGCGCACUUACAACGCACAGGAAGCUUAAACACGGCAUAUAUUUAAAAACAUACGUAACACAUACAAAUUUAUUGUUGUAACAAAAAAAAUUUAUUUUUUUAAUUUCA